AUGUUUUGCCGAUGCUGUUGGCCUCUCUGCUUGUUGCCGACCGCGCUGGCUCUGGUGCCUCAAGUGCAGUUCGUCCUGCCGAGUCUCGACGCGUACGAAGGCAGCGACUUUGAGUGCGGAGCCAGGCGUUGCAACCUCUUCUCCCUUGGCAUCAUUCGCUUCCCAACGGACGAGCUUUUCGUCGCGAAUGUGCAAAUCCUGGAAGACAGCAAUGCCACUCGAGGCGUCGAUUUCGAGUUCUACCCGGAUGCGGUGACGUGGCAGUCCGGAGACGUCAACUCGCAGGCUAUCCUACUCUUCAUCUUCGACGAUGACUUGGCGGAAAAGAUGAAGUACCUCCACCUGGGCUUCGACGUUUUAGUUCCGGCGAUCGCGAACAAUGAGUCAAAGAUGGAGAUCUUCAUCCGGGACGACAACGACGGAGGGAACAUGGUCCUCACCCCGAGCUUUGCUCGGGUUACUGAGCGCUACGGCACUGGGGAGUGCGUCUUCUACGGGGAUCGGCAAGGAGGCACGAGUGGUGCGGCAGGAGCUUUCGUGACUAAGGCCAACUGUGCGGGAGGAGUACCUGAGGCAGACUCCCUCGAUCUGCUUUUCCUCCCAGCGGAGCAAGCGCAGGUGUGGGCUGACGGAGAGAGUGGUCCGAAAUGUCUUCUCAUGUCCAUCCACAAGGACGACUACAUCAGCAGCUUCACCCAGCAGGAACCCAUGAACAGCAGCGUGGCCAAAUUGGUGAUAAUCCCUGAUGCGGAGAGGGAGCCGGAUGAGUAUAUGUGCCUCAAUGUCUCACAGAUUGCGGGGAGCACGACAACGUUACGCAAGGACCAGCUGCAAAUAGCCUUCGUUGUCACAGAUGUUGAUCUGGAUGCAACACUCGAUUUGGACUGCACUCGCGGAUUCGGGUGCCACUUGGACCUCUCUGAAACUUGGUUUUGGGAGUAUGAUACCGGCACCAUCCAGGAUGCGUCCAGCUCCAACUAUGAAUGUUUGCCCUGCCAAGAUGUCGGGAACUUGAGUGACUCCAUCAACUUUACGGUGGCUCAAGAUUGGGCUACCGGUCAAACCUUCGUAGACUUUGGAGAUUUUUUUCAUGACCAGAAGCCGGGAGACAAGUUGCUCUGCUGGUGCACCUUCACCUCCAGUGUGCACCUGGCCACACUGAAACUCCAAGGGCCUUCCCUGAACAAUGCGGCGCAGUGCGUGAGAAGUUGGCCCACCUGCGAGAUUCCCUUUCUUGACGGGGUCGGGUUUCAGGAGGGCAACGACAGCAUCAUGGUGCUGAUCUCCUGCGGGAGCGUUGAGAAUACUCCUCCCGCAAUUCUGGAAGGCUCAAUUGCUGCUUAUGAUGCCGACCGAUACUUCCGAAUGGCGGAGUUUGAGAUUAUGCGCCCGGCCUUUCCGGGAAUCUACGAAAUCUGCUGGUGUCGCAAAACAGCAGCGACAAACUGCUCCAGGCCUCAUGACUUCGCCGUCUCUGCAGGAGCCUUUGUCUACAUGGGGCCGAACCCCCGCUACUGGCUGACUCAGUAUCAGCUUGAUGCAGAAGAGCCUUUCAACGUCUCUGAAGUUUACGGUAUCCAGCUCCACGAGAGAGACGAAGCAAGGGUGCUGCCAAGCUGUGGGCAGCCGGACCCGGAAGGACCGGAAGUCGGUGCUGUCUUCGACAUCCUGACACGCUCCUUCAACUUUGGCCGAGUCACAGCAGGUCAUGGCAUUCUCGCGAAGAAAUACAAGGUGUGUUGGUGCCAGCCUGCAGACGAGUAUGGCUACGCCUGCAACACGGCGGCUGAGUUCCGAGCUGAGAUCGGCAGCAUCGUGUUCCUUUGCCCAGAUCGACAGACGGACACAGACGGUGACGGCAUUUGCGAGCCGUGCCCGUACAUGAUACAGACUUCGGGGGACGAGCCCGGGGCGCAGUGUGUCAUCGACGGGCUUCGGGUCUUGGAGGCCAUCUGUUGGUGGUUCGUCAGCACGCUGUUCUUCAUGGCCUUUACAGCAAGCUUCCGGUGCAGCAGGACGGUGGGGUUCGAAGGCAUCCCAAGGCUCAUCGAGGACAUCUCCCAAGAGUCGGGGAAGCUGGUAGUCACGGUCGUCGGUCAUCACAACCUCUUCAUGCUCGCACCGAAUCACUCGGUACCCGUGACUCUCUGGUUCACGGGCCACUUCCUCCUGGAUUCGGCGCCCUCGAAGAGAAUCGACUUCCGUGCCCGACCUCUCCACUUCAACACCUUGGAGCUCUUGGAUUCCCAGGGUGAGCCGCUGGACUUCCGCGCCGACACUUCCAUGGGUCUUCUGCGCCUGUCGAUGCCCCGGGCGAUGUUUCAUUCUGCCCUCAGAGGGGUGCAGAUUCCGCUGUUUGUUCAGAUUCUGACACUGGCAACUGCCUGGCUUUUGCUGAGCUUCUUGUUGCAGCCCUCCUUUCCAGAAGUGCUGGUGUUGGUGGUGGGCCCUUUAUCCUUCGCGAUCGCCAUCUCCACACUUUGGCACUUCCUGCUGCGGCCGGAAAGCUCGCUCUCUCGACGCCUGCAGCGGUUCGCGGUGGAGCUCAAGAAGCGGCGUCCUCAUCCGACGGCCUGCAACAAAGGCCCGUCGCGGGCCAUCGCUGUCAGGGAUGUCUUGGAGCUGGAAGAGAAGUUCGGCGCGUUUAUCAAAGACCGAAACAUGUAUUACAUCGACCCGAACAUCUUGCGGCAGCUGACGAAGCACGACAAGCUCUCCUAUGCCGAGCUCGUCGGUCCGCAGAUGGUGCAGUGGUUCGUAAGUCACUGGUGGGGCACCCAGUUCCGCGUCUACUGCAAGACGCUUCGUCGGCACGCCAAAGCUGUGUGCGAUACUUCGGACGAAGCUUCCUGGGGUGGGACCAGCUACUGGAUUUGUACAUUCUCGAACAACCAAUACCACAUCAGGGAGGAGCUUGGGAAAUCCCAUGUGGAGUCCUCCUUCUACCUCGCCUUGCACAGCGGGAUGUGCCAAGGUACCUGCAUGAUACUUGAUGAGAUGGCGAUGCCGCUGAAGAGGUCAUGGUGCCUCUUCGAGCUGCUUCAGACCAUUGAGCUAGAGAGAACUCAGGCGAACUUCCGAGGUCUCCUGUUCUGCACCGAGCACGGC